AUGGGCAGGAACCCAUUAUUACCAGGUGAACUCUUUCCACACCCUGAUCACUUUCGGACAAUGAGAGGGCUAGAGCCUCCGGAUAAUGACGUUCAAGAUGACCCUAAAGUCGACCUUGAAGAGAAGGAUUUAUGGGAGCAGUUUCACAAGUUUGGUACAGAAAUGGUCAUCACAAAAUCUGGACGACGAAUGUUUCCACCUUUUAAAGUGAAGGUCUCAGGAUUGGAUAAGAAAGCUAAAUAUAUUCUACUCAUGGAUAUCGUAGCCGUUGAUGAUUGUCGUUAUAAAUUUCACAAUAGUAAAUGGAUGGUUGCUGGAAAAGCGGAUCCGGAAAUGCCCAAGAGAAUGUAUAUCCAUCCAGAUUCACCAAGUACAGGGGAACAAUGGAUGCAGAAAAUUGUCUCGUUCCAUAAACUCAAGCUUACAAACAAUAUUUCUGAUAAACAUGGUUUUACAAUAUUAAACUCGAUGCAUAAAUAUCAGCCACGUUUUCACCUAGUGAGGGCAAACGACAUCUUGAAACUCCCCUAUAGUGCUUUUAGAACUUAUGUAUUUAAAGAGAUGGAAUUUAUCGCCGUGACGGCCUACCAGAAUGAAAAGAUAACACAGUUGAAGAUCAACCAUAAUCCAUUUGCUAAAGGUUUUAGGGACACGGGUGGUGGCAAGAGAGAAAAGAAGUAG